GAGCAAAUAGAUUUGUUUGAUCAGACUUCAGAGUGGCCAAGAGGGAGGGUCCUGAGUUUCAACAGCUUCAAAGUCCAAGGUCCUGUCGACCUCUUGUCUGGCUACCAAGGAAACCGGGGUUUUGUUUCGAGAAAUUAAUAUUUGAAGCCUUACGACGGUUGCAUGAAUUUCUCUGGUCAGGCUUACAUCAGAGAAAGAAUGCAACUUUGGUUGCCAAAUUUACAAUUUUAGGAGUUUUAAAAUUGAGAAAAAAGUUGAAGAAUUGCAAUUAGGUCAUUAUGGAGUCUUUAUGGAAACUUCUAUAUUUGCUGGAGCCUGCACCUGCCACUCUCAUUGUGACUGCAGUGGCUGUUACAUUUGGAUCUGCUUUCCGGGCCCUAAAUUAUGGGAAGGAAAUGGAGCGAAACCGUGACUUUUCAGAAGCAUCUAUUACCUUAGACAGAUCCCAAGCGCUAAUGAUCCCAGUUAUGAGUUCUUGCAGUUUGCUUUUGAUGUUCUACCUGUUUUCUUCCGUGUCCCAACUUCUUACUGCAUUCACAGCAGUUGCUUCUGUUUCAUCCCUCUUCUUCUGUUUAUCUCCUUACAUGGCCUAUUUAAAGUCUCAGUUUGGAUUGGCUGAUCCCUACGUAUCAAGGUGUUGUUCCAAGUCAUUUACACGUAUUCAAGGGUUAUUGUUGUUGGCAUGUUCUGGUUUAGUUGCAGCUUGGCUUGUUUCUGGGCAUUGGAUACUAAACAAUUUGUUAGGAAUUUCAAUAUGUGUUGCAUUUGUCAGCCAUGUACGUCUCCCUAAUGUUAAAAUAUGUGCAAUGCUCCUAGUUUGUCUCUUUGUAUAUGAUAUAUUCUGGGUCUUCUUCUCUGAGAGAUUCUUUGGGGCAAAUGUAAUGGUAUCUGUAGCAACUCAGCAAGCAUCAAAUCCUGUUCACACAGUUGCUAAUAGUUUGAGUCUUCCUGGGCUGCAAUUGAUAACUAAGAAGCUGGAAUUACCUGUCAAGAUAGUUUUUCCAAGGAACUUACUUGGUGGAGUCCUUCCAGGAAAAAGUGCCACUGAUUUCAUGAUGCUUGGUCUUGGUGAUAUGGCAAUUCCUGCCAUGUUUCUAGCUCUAGUUCUUUGUUUUGACCACCGGAAAAGUAGGGAUACAGUCAAUCUCUUGGAUAUCCACACAAGAGGCCACAAGUACAUUUGGUAUGCCCUGCCUGGAUAUGCCAUUGGGCUGGUGACCGCUCUAGCAGCUGGCAUUUUGACUCACUCACCUCAACCUGCUCUAUUAUAUCUGGUGCCUUCUACAUUAGGACCUGUUAUUGCCAUAUCUUGGAUAAGGAAGGAUUUUGUGGAGUUAUGGGAAGGUCCCUCGCUGAACCCCAACGAUAAAGUAGUAGAAGUAGUUUGAAUCACUCACCUCUUCCGCGCAAGCCCCCCUUUUGUUCAUGAAGAUGAGUUGUAAAGUCAUUUGCUGUAUCAAAUGCUUACCCUUUGAAAACAUUUGUCAUUUGUAUGAAAUUGAACGCCUUACAAAAAUUCUGUUUAAAUGCCCAACUCAUUAGUGAAAAGGGUCAAAUGCUACAAUUCUGGUGUGGAUGAUGAGGGGAAAAGAAAAUUAUUACACGUCGACUUCAUUCCCACUUUUGAAAGAGAAUUCUUGAAAAUUCGAUGAUGUAUCUGGGGACAUUUGAUAUAUGGGUAUGCAUCCCUAAUGUUUAUAUAUAUUAAACACUAUUA